UAAUCAUUAAAAGAAAGGAAAAUUAGAACUUCUUCAACUAUAAAUACGUGGCAAGAUAUCUCGAUAGUCACAAUUGUCUUUACUUCAGUCACAAUAAGUAACUACACAAACAAGUUCAACAUGAAGGUCUUGUGUCUUCUCCUUAUUGUUGCUUUCGUGCAACUAUCAAAACAAGAUCCUUGCCACUGGAGAGAGAUGGAUUUAUGUGCUGCAACUGGCUUAUUGGCUUUACAAAAUAAUCCCGUACCACAGAACGAAGCCGAAAUCGAUACCCAAUGCACAUAUCUGAAAGAAACAGUCGACUGUGCUAACAACUACACAAACAAAUGCGCCACUCCAUUGUAUAAGCAACUGAUCUCAUUCGCCACCGCAGAAUCUCAAGAAAAUUUGAAGGGAUUUUGCACACCAGGAAAUGAAUUGAGAAAAACUUUAUUAAAACACUCUUCUUGUCUGGCUGAGGUAUGGAACGAACAAGCAGCUUGCACUAGUGACGCUCGCGCUGCUAUAGAAAAGAUUAGUUCAGUCGAACCAAAGGAUAGAUUAAAUCUCGCUUGCUGUACUUAUCGUAGAUUCCGCUUAUGUGGAACUAGCUAUGUAGAAAAGAAAUGCGGAGCCGAAGCCAGAGAUUUCGUUUUGAAAUUUAUCUCAUUCUUCGCUUCCAAUUUGCCCGAUAUCAUCUGCCAAAACUUCACUCCCGAAGAUGCAACUUGCAAACCUUUGCUUCCUCCAGUUGGAACACAACCAAAAGGAGAUAAUGACAGUCCAUUGAAUCAGCUUGUUAACAUGUUUAGUUCCAACUAAAAACAGCCAAA